UAAUUGCAUAACAGAGAUGUAAUAAUGACUAUGGAGCAGCCCCAGUUGUAUUAGCUGUAGCGCCCGCAGCCACUCCCCUUUCCUCUACGUCACAGCUUCCCGGCGCAGCCUUUACGGGUUGCUAUGACGACGGCGUUGCAGCUCGUCUCUAAAGGCAUUCACGGCUUCUGCUUGUUCUGUUUGGGAGAACUCCUGUGGACCACAACAGAGAAACUGAGCACGGCAGGCGGCAGCAGUUUCUGUGAAUGGUGCUUCCUGAUAGGGGGGCAGUGAUAGAAAGCCCGUUUACAGUGCUGCAGGGAUUCAGAGGGCUUCCCUUUGAUAUCACUAUGAAGUACAUGAGCUAAAUGCAUAAUGGCGACUUUAAAAGAAGUGGGUCUCCCAGCUGUGAAUGGACCAGACACGGAGCUUCGCACCCAGGAGGACGACGUUAGGGAGCAGCCUUACAAGACAGCAGAGAGGAGACAUGUUGAUGCCCUUCUAGAUAUUAGUGAGGAGGACUUCUUGAAAGAGCUGGAGCCACAUGAGUAUCACUGUUACUCUGGCUGCGAAGAAGUUGUCCGGGGUUGGGCCAGAGUCGCUCCACUGAGCUGCAUACUUUUGACUCAGAAGAGAUACAAGAAACCAAAGCAUAAAGAGGCUGACAGCGCGAUCACUCUGUCCCCUGACCCAACAAUCCCUAAUGCAGACAACUCAGCCAGCGUUGCAGAGCACCACUGCGAGUCUCAUGUGGGAGCAAAUAACAGCUUUAGGAAAUCCACGCCGUCAAACCAGCAGGAAGGAACCUGGAGUAACACUACUGUGGCAGCUCUGCACAAAGCUGCCUCGGAAUGGCCUGUCCUCAAUGCAAUGCAGAAAACCACUUCAAAACUCUCACUGGAAGAAAAGAUAGAGGAGGAAGGGACGCUCAGAGAGACUUCUUGGCAGAACAGGCCCACUAAGCCUCAGAAACACAGCCAUAGGCCCAAUAAUGCAGUGGUUCCCAUUAAAAACUUCACAUUCUUACCACUAAUUAAAUCACCACACCUGAAUCCUCAGAGAGUCGCUGGCCAGCUCUGCAGUAGCAAGAAGGCUCCAGAAGGAGAAACCAUAGAAGACAACAGUUUCAUGUUUGAUAAGAAGAGUGGGGUGAAAGGAACAAGAGUCGACCCUUUUGUUAACCUCGAGCUUCCUACUUCCACUGCAGGCCUGGCCUCCAGGUAUCGGACAUGUCAGCAUAACCCCCACUUGUUCUCUGCUGUAAAUGUUUCUGUCCCCAAGAGGUAUCAGGUGCCUCUGUCUUCCAAACCUGACACAGUGCACCGUCCUAGCUUCUCAAUGGGCAAGAGCCUCACACAGGCCCUCCACUCCGGCAAUGCAGCAGGUGCACAAGCCCGUAUGCACCCCAGCAAGACUGUGUGCACUGUCAGGAUGUAUGAAGGCUGUGAAAUAAAUGUUUAACAUGACUGAUGAGGAUGUAUGCAGUAAUUUCAAACUCUCAACCAGGGAAAAACAACCUGCUUUUAUCUUGUAUAAUACAAUAUUUCCAUUAAAAUAGUAAGUUGGAAGAAUACAUUCAAGGUAUGAGACAUCUUUAUAAAACUAAUUCAUUGCAGAGGUUGUUCAGUUGAGCCUGGCCUUACAUUUCACACCGUACUAACCAUUAUAACAGUCAGGAGAACAGAGCAUGGAAACGUUAAGCUCUAUAUGUCAUUUGGGCCUUUAUUUCAUUCUGACCAGUUCCCACAAGUGCUUUUUCAGCUGUUCUAGUUACCUAGCAACGCUGCAAUUACCACAUAAGAGGCAUGGGAGUGUGCCUGCCUCACACUUUGGACUAAAACUUCACCCACAAGCUACAGCUUUGUCAGAAUUUAAGUGUUGUACUGUUACCUGUGACUACACUGAUGUGAUAUACACAGUUGCCAAAACGACUGCAUGUUCUCUGUCAUUUACAUUACAUUUAUACAACUUGUAGGGAUGGGAUCUGGGUUAUGUAAUGUACAAUGGUUAUCAGUGCAGCGUUAUGCUCAGAUCCCUAAACAUCCUGUUGGUCUCCAAAGGCCAGCCAAUUACUGCAGCUGGGAACAACUGGGAUGAUCUUGUUACGCUACUUUAUUAUACAACCUCUUUAUGGUUUAGCUGCCCUGUAAAAUAAAAAAUAAUCCACUUAGUGAGAUUAUUCUAUAGUCAAAAGAGCUGCAGUGUUAAUCUAUUAAGACAAAACUCAAAAUAAAAUGGAUACUUCAAACCAAUCUGAGCUGCUAUAUCCAGCACAAGCAAGAAAUCAGUAUGUCUGUAUUCAUUAAGAUGUGACCGCAUCAAAGUGACAAGAUGAAAGACACAGUAUCAUACAGUUUUAAAAUUGGUCAGCAUACCCAAAUCUAUCAGAUUGCUCUUUUUAUUUCACUCUCAGUUUGUAAGUUUAGCACAGAGGAACAAAAUGCAUUCCACACUGAAAUG